AUGUCAAAGACAAGAGUUCCAAUCUUGCCAAUAGGUCAUCGUGUAAUAUUUCCUGGCACGACUGUGCGGAUUACGAUCUCAAAUAUUUCUGAAUGUAAUUACCAUUUAGUUUCCCGAGGAAAAAAGCUGACAAUGUUUGGAAUUCUCCCAUUCAAAGAUCCAGAUCGCAAGCAAUUUUACAACUAUGGAACCUUAGUCGGAAUAGUCCACGAGCAGCCUGUAAUUCGCCGUAAUCCUAACACAGGAGAAAGCCUUAUCACGAACUUUUUUAACACCCCUGUUUCUUCUUUUUCUAGAAAUGACUCCAAUAUAAUCGCAAUCGGUGUCGAAAGAUUUAAACUCUUAUCAAUCUCUGAAGAAGGCAAGAACUUAUGGGGAAGUAUACAAAUAGAAAAGGACACUAAAACUGAAACUUAAAUACCACCUAUUGGUCACGCAGUCACCAAAGGUCUCCUAGGGGUUUACCCUCUUUGUAGUUCGGCAGGGAGAAUUUUUUGAGCGAGAUGAAUUUCAGCUCUUGAACCAUCAUUCAUCUUCUUUAGCAUCUGACGCCAUAACAACUGUGAAGAAGGGCUCUCUGUCUCCAUAUCCUCAUUGCAUUGUCGACUCCAGUGUCGAGUGGAAGGCAAUGGACUUCUGCGGCGUGCUAUUGGGCUGAACGAAGGUUUCCCACACAAAAAUCCCAAAAAAUGGAAUUUCUGGUGGAGUAUUGGCAAAAAGUAAAAAUUCAAAGUCUGGGUGUAAUCCAAAUUUCGCGUUAGAUGCUGCUGGGGUUAUUUUUUCUAACUCUGAAUCCAUUUUUCCCUCAAGUUAAAAUCCAAUCCUGAAAGCGGACUAGGGCUAGGCUCUGUACAUUACUACAAUUGCUUCCUAGCAUUGCUGUCUAUUUCUGGGUUGGCAAAACCUUACCAGAUAAUAAAUAAAAUGUGCUUAAGACAGCAUUGCUGAGAGGCAAUGCCCAGAUCAAUACGCCAUUUUUAUUAUAAUAGAAAAGGACACAAACACGAAGGUUUCUGAUACUCUAAUAGAAGAUCUCAGAAAAAGUGGAGUCCAUUAUGUCCAGCGCGCUAGGAUGGCCGAAGCUAUUUCUAGAGAGUAAUCAUUAUGUAGGCGACUUCAAAGAAUCCAAGAAGAAAAAGAUAUAACGAACCUAGGGUUUUAUAUUGCAAGCUUUCUCGAGAUAUCUACCCCUGAAAAACAAGCUCUUUUAGAAAAUUUCAAUUUAGAAAGCAGGACUAAUCAAAUUAUUGCACAUGCCCUGAAUACGACUGAAGAAGACCAAAUAAGCGAAGAAAUUAGUAAAAAGGUGCAGAAAAACUUGCAGGAGCAAAGCAAAAGGAUAUGCUUUUUGCCUUGAGUGGCGCGGUACGGGCGCCACUUCGGCAAGCUCCUUCUUCCAGUUGGCCGAGCCAGCUCAGGUUGGUUCGGCCAACUAGAAUUGACAAGUCUCCCCAAAAGGCCUCACUUGUCAAUUCUCCAGUUGGUCGAACCAACCUGAGUUGGCUCGGCCAACUGGAAGAAGGAGCUUGCCGAAGUCGCGCCCAUACCGCGCCACUCAAGUCAAAAAGCUAUAAAAAGUGAUGGGGUUAUAAGUGGGAUUCCUGGGAUGUCUGGAGGAGAAUCUGAUGAUUUUAUUACAAAAAUUCAGCAGAAACUGGAUACUUUGCAAAUGCCAGAAAAUAGCAAAAAAUAUGUCCAAGGAGAGCUGGAUCGGCUGAGGACGCUUAGGUCUGUUAACCCAGAAUAUAAUAUGAUUAGAACUUAUCUAGAAACAGUCUGUGCACUUCCUUGGAAUACUUCAAGCCAAGACAAAAAUGAUAUUGACCAAGCACAAGUUCAGCUUGACAAUGACCACUUUGGGCUGGAAAAAAUCAAAAAGAGAAUCAUUGAAUAUUUAGCUGUGCGUGGGCUCAAAAAAGAUAUGAAAGGCUCUAUUUUGUGCUUCACAGGCCCACCAGGUGUCGGGAAAACAUCUUUAGGCAAAUCAAUAGCAGAUGCUAUGGGCCGAAAAUUCCACAGAAUUGCUUUAGGAGGCGUCCGUGACGAAGCUGAAAUAAGAGGACAUCGCCGCACUUAUAUUGGAUCUAUGCCUGGUGUCUUUAUUCAUGCCCUUAAAAGCUGCGGGACCAACAAUCCAGUCAUUCUUCUCGAUGAGAUUGAUAAAGUUGGUAAAGACAUGAUCAGAGGUGACCCUGCUUCUGCAUUACUUGAAGUAUUAGACCCAGCCCAAAACCACACAUUUACAGAUCAUUAUAUGUCAGUACCUUUUGACCUCUCUAAUGUCCUAUUUUUAGCCACCUCAAAUCGUAUAGAAACAAUCCCAGCCCCACUCCGUGACAGAAUGGAAGUUAUUGAGCUGACUGGGUACAGUACUUAUGAGAAGCUACAAAUUGCCAAACGGUUUUUAGUACCAAAGCAAGUCAGUGAAAAUGGAAUAAAGCUGGAAAUUAUUGAGUUUACUGAUGACAGCUUAAAUAAAAUCAUUUUGGAGUACACAAGAGAAGCUGGGGUAAGGCAGCUGGAAAGAAAUAUUGGGUCGAUAUGCAGAGGAAUUGCAGUGGAGUAUUCAAAAGCACUUAAAAACGGUAGCAAUUUUCCACAGAAAAUCAUAACAAAUGCAGUUGUGGAAGAAAUUUUGGGAAUUCCGAUUUUUGAAAACGAUAUAGAAGAACGCUUAAGCACGCCUGGGGUUGCAUUGGGGCUUGCAUGGACUCCUUAUGGAGGAAAAGUACUGAUAGUAGAAACUUCAAAGUCACAAGGAUCAGGAAAGCUUCGAAUUACAGGGCAGCUUGGAGACGUCAUGAAGGAAUCAGUCUUAACUGCAAUCAGCUGAAUUAAAUCAAAAUUCCCCAGCAUUGCAAAUGCAAAUUCUUCUUCCAGAUCUGACGAAGGCUUUGACGGGCUUGACAUCCAUAUCCAUUUUCCAGCCGCAGCAGUCCCAAAAGACGGUCCAUCUGCAGGAAUUACUAUCACAACUGCCUUAGUCAGUCUUUUAUCAGGCGUCAAAGUCAGAAGUGACACUGGGAUGACUGGAGAAAUUUCUCUCAAAGGAAACGUACUUCCUAUUGGCGGUCUAAAAGAAAAAGUCCUCGGCGCACACAGAAUGGGAGUCAAGAGAAUCAUUUUGCCUGAGAGGAACAAAAAAGACAUUAAAGACAUCCCUGACUACGUGAAAAAAGAUUUAGAAUUUAUAUGUGUCAGAAAAAUAGAAGAGGUGCUAAGAGAAGCCUUAGAAGACAAAAGUAUACUUGGGAAAAUGGAAAUAGAUAAUCCUAAGCUUUAG